AUGAGCGGUCUUGUACACACUGUACAAUUUGUUUUUGGGAUUCUUGGAAAUGUUGCUUCUCUCUUUCUCUUUUUAGUACCCACGUAUACAUUCAAGAGGAUCAUCAAGAACAAAUCGACAGAACGAUUCUCUGGAAUACCUUAUGUUAUGGCAUUUUUGAACUGCUUGCUUACUGCAUGGUAUGGUCUGCCAUUUAUAACAUCAAACAAUAUUCUGGUUACAACAAUCAACGGGACUGGAGCUACAAUUGAGUUAAUAUAUGUGCUUAUCUUUUUAUUAUAUGCACCCAAUAAGCAAAAGAGAAAAAUCUUAGCAAUAUUUGUAUUAGUCCUUGUUGCUUUUGCUGCAGCUGCGGUUAUCUCAGUGCUUGUUUUUCAUGGAAAAAUUAGAGAGCUCUUUUGUGGUAUUGCUUCCACAGUUUUCUCCAUCGUUAUGUAUGCAGCUCCUCUGUCUAUUAUUAGACUAGUGAUCACGACCAAAAGCGUGGAGUACAUGCCAUUUCUCUUAUCAUUUGCCGCUAUCCUAUCUUGCACUAGCUGGUUUAUCUAUGCCAUACUAGGAAUGGACCCAUAUAUUGGCAUUUCAACAGGUGUUGGCUUGACUUUAGGAAUAGUGCAAUUGAUUUUAUAUUUCUGUUAUUGUGACAAGAAAAUUUUAAACAAGAAGACAUUUGCUGUUGAAGAGUCGCAGCAGAAUAUGGACAACGGUCAUAACAAUGACGUUAAGUUGUAUUUACCAUGA